AUGGCGGAAUCAGAGCUCAAAGAGUUCUUCACCUCUGGCGAAAAGGGUCUCGAGCCCGAUGUCCUCUCUGAGCUGCAGUCGAUCAUGCGACUGCAUGAGCUGUCUGCCGAGGACCUCUUCUACAAAUGGGAGUCUUUCUGCAUCAAGAUGGAUAUGGAUGCCAUGAACCCCGACAUCGUGCAUGUGCGCAACUUUAAAAAGGACAUCCAGGAUGCAUUGGAGAAGAGCAACCAGCAGCAGACAUACAUCAAGACAGAGAAGCGCAGCCACGGCACUCCCCGUUCUGGCAGAGGCGGCGAUGUCUUCGGCAUGCUCGAUGGAUUGGUGCCGAGCACGCCUAGGUCAGGGAAAUUGAACAAACCGAACAGCCUGCGGAAAAGCGCCCAUGAGACACCGACCAUGUCGCGUGUUAAGGCGGAGGUUCCCUCCAGCUCGCCGGACUACAAGGGGGCGUCCAAGAUGGAGGAGCAGUUGAACUCCAUGCAGCCUCCAAGCUCCUUCAACGACCGACACAACGCUGGCGAGAUCGUUGAAGUGCUGAACGACCACCUCGACGCCCCCGAACCACCGAUAUGCCCGUACUCGGAACCUCGCAUCAAGCUGACGGCAGCCUCCGACCAGAAGAAGCUUGGUUACAAACCGCUGGCUAUGAAGCUGUCCGAGGCGUCCGAGAUACUCGACGACAGGAUAGACGAGUUCAUGCAUAUUGUCCAGGAGUACCACAAGCUAGACUUUUCAGAGUUUGGCAAUGCAGCGAAUCAGAGCACCACUGAGGUGAUUGCCGUCGGGCGUAUCGCCUCAGACGCCCCGGAGGGCAAGCUCAAUGCAGCGUCGCUGGUGUUAGAGAUGUCAAGACGGGUAGGCGGUGGCCUGAGGAUUCCCCUGAACAUGCGAAACAAGGGAUACAGCUUCUUCCCUGGUCAAGUCGUGGCCCUCAAGGGCAUCAACACAUCGGGAAACGAGUUCGUAGUCGAGGAAGUCCUCGAAGUACCACUGCUUCCGAACGCUGCUUCAACACCAGCCGCCCUGAUCGCACACCGCGAGAAACUCCGAGGGGACCCGGACGCCAUGGAUACAGACUCAGAACCCGCCCCCCUGAACAUCAUUUACGUCUCAGGCCCGUACACAGCAGACGAUAACCUGGACUUUGAGCCACUACAAGCUCUGUGUGACCAGGCGGCCGACAAAUACGCGGAUGCUCUUGUCAUGACAGGGCCUUUCAUUGACAGCGAGCAUCCUCUGAUUGCCACGGGCGACUUUGAUCUCCCGGAGGAAGCGGCUAUCGACCCGGACAGCGCCACGAUGUCGGCCGUCUUCAAGUAUAUGUUCUCCCCCGCUCUGAAUCGUCUCGUCUCCGCCAACCCUAGUAUCACCGUCCUCCUUGUGCCCUCGGUACGCGACGUCAUAGACAAGCAUGUCUCGUGGCCGCAAGACUCCGUCUUGAAGAAGGAGCUGGGGCUCCCUAAAACGGCGAGGAUUGUCACCAACCCCAUGACGCUGUCGAUGAAUGAGAUGGUCAUGGGUAUAUCGUCACAGGACAUCCUCUGGCAGCUGCGGCAUGAGGAACUAGUCGGCGGCCGUCCCUCGGACCCGUCAUUAUUGUCGAGACUCAGCAGGCACAUGCUCGAGCAGAGGCAUUUCUUCCCGUUGUUCCCGCCGACGGACCGCCCCAAGCUGCCCAAGACGGGGACAGAAGAGGGCAUACCCCCGGGCGCCAUGCUGGACCUCAGCUACUUGAAGCUGGGCGAGAUGGUCAACGUUCGGCCUGACGUACUGGUCGUGCCCAGCUUUCUUCCUCCGUUCGCCAAGGUCAGUGCCGUCUCUUUGCCACUGCACUCAUCACUGACAUUUGGCAAUCCACAGGUCGUCGAGAGUGUACUAGUUAUCAACCCCGGCUACCUGUCCAAGAGGCGCGGCGCCGGCACGUACGCGCAGCUGACGCUCUUCCCGCCAAAGGCCGAGGCAGGCCAGGCAGAAACAAUGGUUAGCCACGGAGUGUUCGAGCGCGCGCGAGUGGAGAUCAAGAGGAUCUGA